GCUAAGGGUGUGCGGAGUGGAGUGGGAGGUGCACGGAUCCCAGCGCAGCGGCCCGACCUUACGCGACGCGGGGCGCGACCACCGACUAGCGUGACUCCAUGUAGCAGAGGGACACCGCCGACCGACCAUCCGGCGCCUCCAGCAGGUGCGCACUCGUCCCGUGCGUCGACUUGCAGCAGGCAGCAGUGAGCGCUGACGGCGGAGCGCCGUCCAUGGGCUGAGCCUCCCGGCGCACAGCCCCACUCUCUUCGUACCGGAGGCGGCGAGUCCGAGCACUUGUCGCGGGUCAUGACGAUGGCGGAGGCGGCGGCGGAGGCAGCGCCGGCCCCGGCGCCCGACCACCGCAAGCAGCGCAAGCGCAAGCGGCUCAGCGCCGUCGUCGACCAGCUGGCCCUGCACAACAACAACAACAACAAUAACAACAACAACAACGUGCCGCCCAGCGGCGCCAACAGCCCCGACUGCGAGGAUGAGGACGUCUUCAGCGACAGCACGACGCCUCCGCCGGUGACCGCGCUGUCGCAGGCUCCGGUGCCGCAGGCCGGUGUGACGGCGGGGGCGGCUGCGGCGGCGGCGGCGGGGGCGGCCGCGGGCGGCGAGUCCGCGGGCAGCUCGGGCCCCGAGCCGGGCACGCCGCUGUCGUGCGGCUGCGCCAGCUGCUUCAGCUUCGAGUACUACCUGCACUCCCAGUACCUGCACGCCGCCUCACCCGACGCCUUUCGCCGCCGCUCGCACUCCGACUCCGACCUGCCGCUAUGGCUCGACACGCGGGAAAUGGCGGCACGGCGCCCAGCAGCGCUGUCGGCGCCGAGCAAGGGCGGCUCCCUGGAGUCGGAGGGCUCGGGGUCCCAAGACUCGCCGCUCGACCUGUCGAUGAAGGCCGCGUCCGCGUCGGCGUCGGCGUCGGCGUCCGCGUCGGCGUGGUCGUGCCACACGAGCAGCAGCACGGGCUCGUCGGAGCCCGGCACGCCCGCCGCCGUCGUGACGGCCGGUGGCGUCGCGGUGCCCGUGGUGCGCGGGGACGUGGCGUCGCCCACCACCAUGGCGAGCGUCGCAGUGCGCUACAACCUGGAGGUGUCGCCCGUUGUCGAGGAAAUGCCGCCGGGCGCCGACGUCGCUUACGUGUGCCCCGUCUGCGGCCAGAUGUUCAGCCUGCACGACCGCCUCGCCAAGCACAUGGCCAGCCGGCACCGCAACUCGGCCGGCGCCCCCGAGCGCGCCUACCUGUGCGAGGUGUGCCGGCGGUCGUUCGCGCGCUCCGACAUGCUGACGCGGCACAUGCGGCUGCACACGGGCAUCAAGCCGUACACUUGCCGCGUCUGCGGGCAGGUGUUCUCGCGUUCGGACCACCUGAGCACGCACCAGCGCACGCACACGGGCGAGAAGCCGUACAAGUGCCCGCAGUGCCCGUACGCGGCGUGCCGGCGCGACAUGAUCACGCGCCACAUGCGCACGCACGCGCGAGGCGGCACCGGCGCCGCCCCCGGCCUGGGACUCAACCUGGUGCAGCCCAAGCAGGAGCUCGAGGAACCGGCCAGCCCCUCGCAGGCGCUCUCCGCGCUCUCCAUGGAACCCGGCCUGCAGUAGCAGCGGCAGCGGCACCGCGCUCACCCUCCUCCCGUGUCUCCGAGAGCCGCUCGCGACGGACGGACUGUGCGCCGAUUUACCCGCUAGUGGUCACCGAGCAUCAUCUGGACGACUGCAACUUCGAGACGGCGCACUGCCAGGUUCAGGUGCUCGUCUCAGGGCAUUGCUGUGAAGUGUCAUCCUCCGAUUAACUGUAUGCUGUGGGGACUACUGUUCUGUAUCUCCCAAGCUUCUAAUAAGUAUCAAAAUGUCAUUACUUGCACACCAAUCUGCAUCGCACCUGGAGUCAGUUUCAGAGAGCCUCCAGGAAAACAUCUGUACAUCACGACGUCCACCCUUCGACACAGAGUACUCCUGUGGCCCGACGGGUGUCAACACGAACACGUCGGGAGCCUCUGCCAGACUUUCUGCACCGUGGAGCCCAAGUGAACACUCUUGGGUGUGGAAUAUGAAACCGGGAUUAACACCGAAAUUUUACUGAAAAUUCUAUCCCCCCGAGCAGAUGCCAUUCUCUUUGGAUCUGCCUCGGUUCACCAAACAAUCGCACCAUAGUACUCGUACGCCCAUCAGCUCUACUGCUUGCAGGCAGUCUCACUAUUUGUGGCAGCCGGUAAUUGGAACUGGAUAACUUCGGAGCUGCCAGAAAAUCACAUCUGUCGCUGACGACUUCCACCUGUAAACACAGUGCUGGCACUGUGCGCAUUUUUCUGCGGCUAGAUGGGUAGCAGCACGAAAGCAGUUAGAAGCUGCGACACUUUCUACACCGCGAAGCCCAAGUGUACACUCGUGCGAAGGCAGUACGAACCAAGUAGAGGCGAUAUUGAUAUCAAAAGUUGGGAGCCACAGCGAUGAGCGACACAAGCGCAGGGCUCCGCCUCCCUAUAAAGUGCUGACAAACAACAGUGUUGCAGAGUGGCUGACGCAAUGGCUAGAUAGUAGCGUGGAGGUGCAGGGACAAUGUAUACAUCACAUGAAUUACUGUCAGGUGACACUCGAGAGUCGGUAAGUACGGGAAGAGCAUGUGGCCUCGGAUGCUGCGGAGCGGCGAAGUAGGUGGUGGUAUCGGCGUGUUUUGACGUCACUGUGGGGCGAGGCGACCAGCGUAGCGUGUCGUGGCUGCCGUGCCGUGCUCGGCCUCGGCCAAUAUCGAUCUGGCAGCGGGCUGACGCUCGCACGCGUGUCGUCGUCGCCGCCGCCGCCACAGCGGGCCAUUAUAAUUAGAACAGCGGAACAGACGACAAUUCUUUACCUGAGCGGGGCUCGAACGGGCACGCGGCCAGCAGGUGGGGCCGCGAUCGCCAGCGCUAUUAAAAACUGGCUGCGCCCGACCGGCGGCUGCCCACGCCUCGCCGCCCCCCCCCCCCUCCACCGCUCCCCCUCCCCUCCGCCGCCGCCCGACGCCACGCUUCCCGGCCGCUGCAGGUACGUCUCUGGACACCCGCACCUGUUAUUGUUACAACUACUGCACUUCCUCCUUACUGCCGGCGGUGAAAAUAAUCGAGGGACGGGAGCUUUUUGUAAAUGCUUUGCUGGUCUCUAAGAGACCCGUCUACUUGUAAAAAUUUUUGUUGUUGUUAUUGUUCUUGUUAUUCUUAUUGUCUGACAGGUGAGACCUCGAGCUGCCCUCGUACGAUGGCGUUCUUGCGCCUCAUCACACUUUUCAUCUCGUUCAUUGAGGGAUAUUUGGAAAUUAAAAUACUCACAACUCGAGUUCCCACAUUUCGUCCUUUGGCAUCUCCAGCGGACACUUGCCAAUCCCUUUGCCCAAUAAAAUGAUUGUCCCCAUUGUAUGUAGUCCACGUAAGUACUGUGACCCUCCUGUGUUCGUACGUACUGCCCUGUUUACCUCUCGCAUUGUCGAAGAAUCUGUUAGUGUCACGCGAAGCAAGUGCCAUACUGACUCGUUAACAAGUGUUGUAAAUAAAGUUUCGUGUUGCGCUGGAUUCAGCUCAGUCUUUUCCAGGACAAAACUUGUAAAGUCGAACAUUCGCAGCCUAGAAGAGAAAUAAAUUUGAUUUUCUAUAACGAAUUGAUAUGCGUCUGAUUUGGAGCAAGAGAAAUAUCGUCUCUUAUGGGGACAAGUGGCCAUUACUCACUCGACUGCAAUGUCCAAAGAAAUUAGGACUGCAGACUUUACAAGUAGAUACUCGCGUUGCUGAGGCGGUUGAGUGGGAUAGACUGAGUUGAGAAUGCGAGAGAUAUCGGCAUUAAGAGUGCCAGUCGAUAUGAAAAGUGCCAAGCUUAUUCAUUUGUAGAUGGUAAAACCAUGCAUACAGCCAGCAUAUGAAAAGACAGCAGAAACUGGGGAACUUGCUAGUAAUAACGGUCAUGUGAAAAUGCUGGGUGCUGCAAAAUGCCUGAAGUGGAAGGCGUCUCUGAAGUGGAAGGCAGAAAUAUUACAGAAUAAAAUUAUUAUGGGAAGGCCAGAGCCAUGAUUUAGCGAAGUUGGCUGCUAAUACAUUAUCUGGUACGGCUGACGGAUGUCUAACCUAGCUUGUAAUGUUUGUGCGUAUUGUGAAGAUGCCAGUGUACAAUUAAAUGAGAGAAGAAAGACUGACAGGAAGCUACGUGCUUGACACAUCUCUGGAGUUUCGCGUUUCCUCUUCCGAGCUGACUGCGUACUUAAUUUUCACAGAUUUUUGAUAUUCAUAGAGUCCGUUACUGGCUAUUGCACCAGUACACAUUCUGUUGAAUUUUCAUGUGAAUUGUUUCUUUGAACGGUUUACAGCAUUGUUUGUUCAGUACCCAUCCAUAGAGUAGUCCAUGCAUAGCGGUGCUUGUUUUUCACUUAAAAAGGAAGGAAUCUGUUACUCGCCAUUUUGAUGUUUCGUCGCUGUUCAGCAAUAAACUUUAAUUUUAAAUCGACUUUUGAAGACAAUUAUCUU